UUGAAUAUUAUAUUUUCAUUUAUUACAAAUAAAAUGGCUAAAGAACAGAAAUUUCCUUUCACCAUUCAAAACGUCACCGAAGAGGAAGACGCAUUAUUGAAAAAGUACUACAAAGGUUACAUUCGUCCUUUCGUGCGGAUUGGUCCCCAUGGCUACCUCUGGCCGGCAGGCUAUGGCGACCAUGCAGCUGAUAUUUACAAUCUAGAUGUACGACCUGACGACAUUUGGGUGACCAGCUAUUCUAGAUCAGGCACUACAUGGCUUCAAGAACUUGUAUGGCUGAUCCAAAAUAAUUUAGAUUUUGAUACCGCAUCAGCAAUUCCUGUAUCCACACGUUAUGCUUUCAUUGAGUAUCCUACACUAGCAUCUGAAGUCAGAAAACCUACGCCAAACUCUAGUAUUAAAGGUCAAAGAGCCACUGAAGAAGAUUAUACAACAUUCCCAAAUUUACCUUCACCACGCUACGUGAAGUCACAUUCGCCGCUAUCACUUCUGCCACCAAACCUGCUAAAUACAGCUAAAGUGUUUCAUAUAGCCAGAGAUCCUCGAGAUGUGGUGGUCUCUUAUCACUUUAUGCACAUAAUGUUUCGUUACUUUGACCAGAGCGUCCAGUUCAAAGAAUUUUGGAAUUUAUUCAAGAAAAACUUAAUUCUACACGCGCCAUUGGAGGAACAAGUGAGGGAAGCAUUCGAACAGCGUGAUCAUCCCAACAUGAUGUUCCUUUUGUACGAAGAAAUGAAAAAAGAUCUACCAGAUGUUAUUAACAGAGUUUGCACAUUCCUGGGCAAAGAAUAUACAAAAGAACAAAAAGACAAACUAAAUGACUAUCUACAGUUCGAUAAUAUGAAAAAUAAAUCUCCGUUUGUAUCAUCUGAAGACGAGAAAAAAGAUUCUGAGCUAAAAUUUAUGCGCAAAGGAAAAUCAGGCGGCUGGGUUCAAUAUUUCGAUGAUCAGAUGAAGAAGGAAGCUGAGGAAUAUAUGAAAAAAUAUCUCAUGUGCACGAAAUUACAAUUCCCAAAUGUGAACACUUGAUUAAAAUAAAUUUGUUUUUAUU